UCAUAAAAUUCACACCUCUAGCUUCCUUUCAAUUUCCUUGUUUGUUUCUUUCAUAUUCAAAUAAGCAAAACCAUUCAAGUGUUCAAUAUUUCUUUUUGUAGAUUAAUAUAUUUUAUAUUUAUAUCAUCACCAUACUCUUUUGUUUUAUUUUAUUUUUUGAGUCUCUAAAAUGAGUUUAUGCUUCUCUCUUUGUCCCCAUUUUCUUACUUGUUUCAUUUAAUAAACUAUGAAUCAUACAUAGUCCAUGAUAGUUGGUGCAUAUUAUGAUGUCAAGCUAGACUAGUUAGGAUCAUUUUCACUAAAAAGAAAAAUAAAAGAAAUUAAUCAUAGCCUGCUAAACACUGUUUAAUAGAAGAAAAUAGUGGUGAAGUUGGAUUUGCAUGAUGACAAAGCAAAGCAGAAGGCCAUGAAAUCAGUUUCUAGCCUUUCAGGCAUUGAUUCUAUCGCCAUGGAUAUGAAAGAUAAGAAGCUGACAGUAGUAGGUGACAUAGACCCUGUUGAUGUUGUGAGCAAAUUGAGAAAAACAUGGCACACUGAAAUUUUAACAGUUGGGCCGGCAAAAGAGCCUGAGAAGAAAAAAGAUGAAGGCAAAAAAGAUGAUAAUAAAAAGAAAGAUGAUGACAAGAAGAAAGAUCCAAAUGAACAAAUUGCUGAACUUAUUAAGCAAUCUAGAGGAUACAAUCCUUAUAUGACACAAUAUUAUCAUGUUCAAAGUGUAGAAGAGAAUCCAAAUGGUUGUGUUAUUUGUUGACUCUCAUGUGUUGACUUGGCAUAGAGUUCACGUGGUUAGGGGUAUCGGUGAUUGUUGGAUUGAGAUAGGAUAAUUCAUAGUUUAAUGCAUAUUUUGAUUUUUAACAAAUCUUGAAACAAAGAGUUUGAAAAUUUGGAUGUUGAAUCUCGAUCCAACGAUCAACGAUAUUCUUACUUGCUGAAUGCAGCCACUUUAAAUCUAUAGUUGAAUUGGUGAGCUCAAUGGAAUUGGACUUGAACAAAAAUUCAGGAAUGUUUGCGUGUAAAUUAUAUGAAUUGGAUUGAUGUAGUAUUAUUAGAUUGAGACGUCCUUAAGACUAAUGGUGUAUUAAAAUAUAGGCUAUGAAGGUUUUGAAUGAAUAAAUUGAUGUGUGCACAAUUUUCAGUUAAA